CUGAGAGGGAGAGUCGUGUACUCUAUUGAAGGCAGUCUCGAGAAAAAGGAAAAUAAACUGCUUCCAAAGAAGAUUCACUCGCCGCUGGACAUUAUCCUAUUACCAGAGAAUUUUGAUCUCUCAGCCAUAACCUCAUCUAUCGCACCUGAGGGAUGUUUGGCCAGAAAGGCUCCUAAGAGAGGAAAGAUGCUGCCAAGAGUAUCCCAGUUAUCUCACAUGUAG